UAACAUGUCCAGCAAGAAGCAGGAGAUAGCCGACAGCUGGGAAGACAUCGACGAAGAGCAGUUGGCCAACGCGAUAACGAUACUGAAAAACUCAACCAGCGUUGAGGGGGACAAAGUGGACAGUUCGAAGUCGUACGCUGCGUCUGGAACCGCAGCCCGGCAAAAUACCUUACCGCAGAUGCUGGAGGAGGAGCUGCGUCCGAGGAUAGUGGCCCGACCGAUGCAGAUACUGAAGCGUCCACAGACCAGCGGCGGAUCGGAAGGGAAAAGUGCGGCGGACAGUAAACCCAAGACACAGAUCAAGUCAUUCGACCAACGAAAAGAGGAAUAUGCCAAAGCUCGGUUGCGUAUUCUUGGUUCGGCACAUGACGACGAGGAAGCUGAGACGAAGAAAACGACACCAACCACCAAUGGAUAUCGAAUAAACAAUGUUAACAAUAAUGUCGGUUCCAGCGGAAAUGCUAGUUCUAAUGCUAGCAGUACAAGUGGAGGCAGUGGUGGUGGUAGCGGAGGAGUUGUUAGUGGAGAUGGCAUACCCGGGAAUGGUGCAAAUAACAAUUCGAAUAACAUGUACCGGUAUCAUCCGCCAUAUCGGCAACUGCCUUCAAACGCAAUAAUUCCAACAGCAAAGCAAAAAGGACCACAGGGACGAGGGCAAGGGGCACCGGUGGUAUACUAUCCAACGACACCCAACCUCCACCAUCACCACCACCAUCCGCAUCAUCCCAUGCAAAGCACGCAUCCGUUACAUCCGCACCACACGUUUCCACCGAUGCCACACCACCAUCACUUACUUACGCAGCAGCCACACCAGCAGCAACCACACGGCAGUCAUCCGUACCAGCAUCAACAACACUUUGCCCAGCUUAACCAUCAGCAGCCGGGCGGCCGCGACAGUGGAUGGUACGUCGGUGGGCGAAACGGAGGCAAUUUAACGGUCGGGUACUACGGUGGUGGGGGCAGCCAGGCAUAUGGUGAAGGAAACGGUGGACCACUAUUAUCACCACUGCUCGGACAUGCACCGCCCGGUGCCAUCCCGAACCAUGCGAUGUCGUACAAUGGCGGACAGCCAAACGCUCACGGCAGUUCGGGCGGAUCGAAUAUCACUACCACUAAUCAACACGUGCUACGUUUGCCUGCCGGUCCGGACGGGUCGCAAGGUUUCAACAUGCGACGGUAGCUAGCUGACGUAGCAGAUACUAGUGGUGGCGGUAAUGGUGGUGGUGGUGGUG